AUGUCGCCCUCCGCCAGGGGAGUGUCGUUCACCAGGGGUCCCAGAAACGCGGCAGCAGCGGCUCCCGACUUUCGGCAGCUACACAGUUGCCGGCCAGCAGCCGCACUGCCGCGGCGGCGGCAUGGCACCGCCGCCGCCGCCGCCACCCCGCAGUCUGGCAGCGGCAGCACAUCAAAAGAGGCAGCCGUCACCAAGGACUAUCUAUCGUGGGCCACAGAGGCGGGCAUCCUGUCGCCCAAGCUCAUGCAGGCCUAUUUUGGAGGGCUGCGGGGCGGACAGGCGCUGAGUGACAUUGCCGCCGACGAGGUGUUUGUGACGGUGCCGCGUGGCGCGGCGUUGGUGGUGGCUCCAAACGAGCGCUGCCCCUGCCCCGACUUUGUUGACCCAGGUUUCUACAAGGAAGCGCCCUGGUUUGUGAAGAUGGCGGUGCUGCUGCUGUGGGAGCGGCGCAAGGGGCGGGGCAGCUCGGUGUGGGGGUACAUAGAGCAGCUGCCCAGCAGCAUCGACACGCCCGUGCGCUGGGAGGAAGCCGACCUGGCGGAGCUGCAGUACCAGCCUGCCAUCAAAGAGAUCAAGCAGCAGCAGACGGCGUGGCGGCAGCAGUACAACCGCUUCUGUGCGGCGGUACGACCUGGGCAAGGCAACUACAGCUGGGACAACUUCCUCUGGGCGGCCGAAAACGUUCGCAGCCGAGCCUUCAGCGGCCCCUACACAGGCAGCUCAGUGGGGGAGAAGGCUCGCACGCUGGGCCUGCUGCUGGCGGCGGGCGGCGGCUACGCGGCCUGGCAGCAGCUGCCGCUGGAGCAGGUGCUCAACGGCUUCAUCUCGGUGCUGCUCUUCAACAUCAUCUACGAUGUGCUGAUCAGCAAGAAGCUGAAGUGGUAUGCGCUGUGCCCCGUGGUGGACGCCCUCAACCACAGCAGCCUGGUCGAGUCUGAUGUGGCGUACGAAUACUUCAAAGAUACCUUUGUGCUUUCCACCAAGUCUGCGUACAAGGCAGGGCAGCAGGUGUUCAUCUCCUAUGGAGCUCAGGCCAACGGCUCGCUGCUGCAGUACUACGCCUUCACAGAGCCAGGCAACCCCAACGAUGUGUAUGCCUGGGAGGCGAGCCUCGCGGGGCAGCCGGUGCAGCUAGUGGUGAACGCCAGGGGCAGCUUCACUGCAGAGUGCCAGCAGGCGGCGCGGGUGGCGCUGGGGAGCGGCGGCGCCAGCGAUGCGCAGCUGCGGCAGGCGCUGCUGGCGGCGGCAGAGGCGGAGCUCGCCAGCAAGCCCAGCAGCGCGGCAGACGACGAGCGGCUGCUGCAGACCUCGCACCUGAUGGCGCCGCGGCAGCGGGCAGCGGUGGAGUUCCGACUAGAGAAGAAGAGGGUUCUGGAGCGGGCGGUUGCCAAGAGCAGGAAGCGGCUCAGCAAGCGGGCGGCGGCGCCCGCGGCGUGA